CUCGAUGGGCAACCCUCGGUUGUUGGUUGCUUUUAGAUUCGCAUAACAAACACGUCAGUGUUUUAGGUUUUUAAACAGCAAGUUCUACCCAAAUUGAUGCAAACGUAUUGCUGACCAGCAAUUAACGAGUCGGGCACCGAUCGAAAUGGACACAAGGCUACAGCUUGUGUAGUAUAUAUCGUUUAAUAUAAUCAAAACCAAGACAAUAUAUUGCUUAACCAAAAGCGGACAUAAAAAUACACGGCGGCAGUGGUAACAACAACAACAGGAAGAGCAACUAGAAAGCAGGUACAACGGUAAAGAUUAGCAGCUGAGAGAUAUACAUAGAUAAUCGGAGAAGAAGAAACUGUGCCACGCCAAAGUAGUAUCUGCAAGUGUGACGUGUGUGUCGAGCUCGACAUUGAAGUUCAUUUCUUCUCAUAAUCAUAACUGGUUAAGCCGCCCACCAGCACGCAUACAUAUACGCCCACACGCACACAUACACAUACAUAUACAUAUACAUAGAGAGGGGGCGCAACAUGGCAUUGCCAUUGAGCGAUCUGCUUAUGUUUGGCAGCGGCGAAAAGAAAUUGGCUGCUUGCGUUGUGCUGCUGCUGCUGGAGCUAUUUAUGGAAGGCGCCGAAGCAGGGUCAACAAAUCAAGCUGACAUUGACAACCAUCUGGAGCUGGGCAAAGACUUUUUGGCUCGUGGUCAACUGUCGGAUGCACUGACGCACUAUCAUGCGGCUGUUGAGGGUGAUCCUAACAACUAUUUGACGUUAUUCAAACGUGGUACUGUCUAUCUGGCCCUUGGCAAGACACGAUUCGCCAUACAGGAUUUUAGUCGCGUGCUGGAGCUGAAACCGGACUUCACAGCGGCGCGUAGCCAACGCGGCAUUGUGCACAUGAAGAGCGGAGAUUAUGAUCAUGCGCUGCUCGACUUCGAGCAUGUGCUCAGAGAGGAGCCACAAAAUGGACUUGUUAACGAGCACUAUUCGAGACUGAGGCCCGCCAAGGAACAGUGGGAACUGGUGCAGCAUUUGAUGAAUAAUAACGAUGAUCAGAAUGCAAUUGGCAUGAUAACACAGCUAUUGGAAAUUUCACCCUGGUCUGUGCAAUUCCGACAGGCACGCUCCGAUGCAUAUCUGAAGACAAACGAUGUGCUUUCAGCCAUUUCGGAUUUGAGGCAGGUGAAUCGCUUGUCCCAGGACAGCACCGAGGGACACUAUAACAUUGCGCAAUUGCUGUAUAAUAUUGGACAUGCAACAAAUGCGCUUAAGGAAAUACGCGAGUGUCUUAAGUUCGAUCCUGAGCACAAGCUCUGUUUUCCAUUCUACAAAAAGUUGCGCAAAGUGGAAAAGCAGCUGGUGACGGGCGAACAGGCGCGUGAGCAGAAACAGGCCGAGCAGUGUAUAAGCGCUGGUGAGGCAGUGCUUAAGCAUGAACCUGAGGAAACUAUGAUACGCUACGAGGCGCACAAGUUGCUUUGCUCCUGCUACACGACGGACGAGCAAUUUGGCAAGGCAUUAUCACAAUGCAAACAGGCACUGGAUAUUAUGAAGGAUGCUCAAGUGUACUGCGAUCGUGCCGAUGCGCUGCUGGGCAGCGAAAUGUAUGACGAUGCCAUACAUGAUUUCCAAUCUGCGAUCGAAAUUGACGAAAACAAUGCGAGGGCCAAGGAGGGCAUACAGAAGGCGAAGAAACUGCAAAAGCAAGCUGAGCGAAGGGAUUACUAUAAAAUUUUGGGCGUUAAGCGUAAUGCUAACAAGCAAGAGAUUGUAAAAGCGUAUCGCAAGGCGGCACAAAAGUGGCAUCCCGACAACUUUAAGGAUGAUGAGAAGAAGGUGGCCGAGAAGAAGUUUAUCGAUAUUGCCGCUGCCAAAGAAGUGCUCACAGACCCAGAGAAACGACGACAAUUUGACAAUGGCGAAGAUCCACUGGACCCAGAAAGCAAUAGCCAUGGCUUCCGGGGCGCUGAUCCAUUUGCACACUUCCAGCACGGUUCGCCAUUCCAGUUCAAGUUCCAUUUUAAUUAAAUAUAGAGCUAUGUACUGAGGGUCAGAUGCCAUUGUUGAGCAGGUUUCUUUGUGAUUAUUUUCAAUUCAGUCAGUCAAUUUCCUCUACAUCCCAAUUUCUUUCUUCACCCACAACAUCAACAUUUGCUGCAUUUCUACCAAUCCCAAGCCUGUACGAUUUUACACUUGUUUGUGCUGCAAUCAAUUCUUAAAUAGCGUGUAAAUAGUAGCCUAAAGACAAUGUCCGAUAACUGAAACGCAAGACACAAAACAACAAUAUAAAACACUGAAAAAAUUAAA